AUGGCACCCGUUCUCACGCCGCUCCCCAUCUUCGGCAUCGCGCUGACCGCCACCGCCAUUGUCACCCUGGUCAUCCUCCACAUCUGGAACUCUCGCCUCGAUCAACGCGCGGGUACUGGCCAUCACCUCCGGAGCAACGACGGCAGCCCCUUUGAUGAGGAAUCUGGCCUUCGCGAUAGGGACAAGUUCCGCGGAUCAUCCACCGGCGCGGCGCCCGGCCAGCCCGGAAGAGGCGGCAUGUGGAUCGCAGCAAAGGUCCAGAAUGGAGACUUCAGGAAUUCAGAGAUGAGCAUCCAUCUAGGUGAUCCCAGGAGCAUCGGAGAAGAGAGAAGCGGCCGUGAUGGCUACCACAUGAGCGGCGCACGCCAUGAUGCCGGCGAUAACCCGUUCGCCACUCCUCCCCGUCUGCUAGCAAUCAUGAGAGGUGAAUCUCCACGCCGUCUUACUGGAGCAAAUGCUCUUCAGCGCAGUAAUAACAGCGCCUGUGGCGCGACCAGGUACGACAACGCUGGAGGCGACAGUGCUGGCCACCACGCCGGCGCCCUCGCGGACGGCCCGCCCCGCCAGCCUUACACCAACUACCGUCACGACACUACCAAGCAUGGUUAUGGCUCCUCCCCUCUCCGCUAUGGUGUCACUCUCAGCACCGUCACGACCGAAGUCGACAUGUCGUCCAUCCGCGAGAGCAUGAGCAACAACACUUCGAGGCCAUUGUCGAACGAUGAGAAUCACCAGGAACGCGGCAGACUGACCAGCAACGCGAGGAGGAGCAGCUUUGGCCGCAGCGUCAGUACCCUCAGCAUCAGCAGUAGCACUAGGAGCAAGAGUGCGAAGAGGAUGAGCAGUAGGAGGAGCGUCAGCCCGCUGGAGGUGCACCCUUGGCGGCUGUCAUACACCUGA